ACACCGGAGCUUCAGGAAACCCCUCAGUUAGCGUCUAUAAGCAGACUCAGCUCAGCCGUCCAGCCGAAAACAUGGUGUCCGCCGCGGUGCUUUUCCUCCUGUCGCUGGGCUGUACGUGUGGAGCCGUUGCUGGAGACAGAAAACUCUCUUAUGUGACCGUGUUGUUCCGACAUGGUGACAGAUCACCGGUCAAAGCUUAUCCUACUGACCCGUACCAAGAGAACGACUGGCCACAAGGCUUUGGGCAACUAUCACAGGAGGGCAUGAGGCAACACCUUAACCUGGGCCAGUUUCUGAGGGAUCGAUACAAAGGUUUCCUCAGCGAAUCCUAUGACCGCCACGAGAUCCUAGUUCGCAGCACAGACUACGAUCGCACCCUGAUGAGUGCCGAGGCCAACCUCGCAGGUCUGUACCCCCCCAGUGGGCAGCAGGUCUUCACACCCUCCCUGAAGUGGCAGCCGAUACCCGUCCACACGGUGCCGGAGAGCGAAGAGAGGCUUCUCUCGUUUCCUUUGAACGACUGUCCUCGCUACAAACAGCUGAUGAAUGAAACCGAGAACACAGCAGAGUUCCUUAAUGUUACCACAACAUACAAGGACAUCAUAGAUCUGGUGAGGAAUAAAACAGGACUGAAUAAGACGGAUGUGGAGUCAGUUUGGAGCGUUUAUGACACACUCUUCUGUGAGUCCCGUCACAACAUGUCGGCUCCCGACUGGGUGACUCCUGACGUGAUGAACAAACUCCGAGAGCUCAAAGACUUUGGAUUUCAGGCCAUGUUCGGGGUCUACAACCAGCAGGAGAAGAGUCGGCUGCAGGGAGGCAUGUUGCUGGGUGAAAUAGUGAAGAAUCUUUCCAAGAUGGCCGUCCCAGACCCGACACAGCGACUCAAACUGAUGAUGCUCUCAGCGCAUGACACCACUGUAGCUGCUCUGCAGGCCAGCUUGAAUGUGUUCAGUGGAGUUCAGCCGCCGUACGCCUCCUGUCACAUGUUCGAGCUGUACCGAGAGGAAAAUGGCUCUGCCUCGGUGUCGAUGUUUUACCGGAACGACAGCGCCGUGGAGCCGUACCCGCUUCAGUUACCAGGCUGCUCCCUCGACUGUCCGCUGGAUGACUUCGUUAGAAUUACAAAGCUGUCUGUCUCGGACGACAGGGACAAAGAGUGCCAAGUGCCUUCAGAAGGGAGAGAUAAAGAAGUCAUCAUUAGCCUGGCGCUGUCCGGCUGCCUGCUCCUCCUCCUCAUCGCCCUCCUCCUCGGCGUUAUCUGUUGGCAGAAACAGCCAGUCAGCAGCCGCGGAUACCACCAUGUGAUCAACCAGGAAGUCGGAGAGGAAUCCUGACAGAAACACAGACUUCUCCCUCGGAGAUCUACGAGCCUCGUCUCUUGGGACAGCAGCGAUGAUGAUGAACUUUGACUUCGGUCGUUUGGGGAAAAAUGUAGAAAGUCAACACAGGAGAUUGCGAUAAAGUUCUGAUUUUAGAUGGUGUGUGAACGGUGGGGAAACAUUCGUGGUAGUGUCAGUUUCUGGAACAACCAAGCUCAGAUUUUUUUGUGUGUUUUCAGUCACAACUUUACGUGAUUACAAAAUUUUUUUACGUCAUUAAAAUCAAAUCAUCUAAAGAUGUUAAACUGGGAAUGUGAGUCAUCACAGGGGUGGACUAUGAAGUGAGAUGAAUGCAGGUUAUAGCAGGUCUGUUGAGCUGAAACUAAUGUCUUCAGUGUCACAAAGAUGUGUCUGUUUCUCACCUGCUAGAUCACCAUGGUAACUCAUUCUUUUUAGUUAAGCUGUUAUGGAGGAGGUGCUGUUCAGAGUUUGGGAUUUAAGUUGUAAGAAGCACCAUGCGUUCACCAUUUUUUGUCCGACCAUAAAAGAAGCAUUUCACGUUGAUUUGGCCAAAACCUGAAGUGACUUCCUGAAUCCUUUAUUAUGGGACGGUGUCGGACCUGCAUUCACUACUUAUCAUGUUUGUAUGAUUAAAGUGUAACGUUUAAGAGCACUGAAGAGCAGCUGUCACAUUAGAAAUAAGCAGCUGAAUUGAUAAAUGUUUGGGUUCCUCGUAGCUCUUUCUUAUAACCUGUUCCUCUUAGUGAAAUCGGGAUCAGCCAUUGGUCCAUUUAGUGUGGAGUGAGUCACAUGACAUGUUAAACACCUCCUGUAAUGGGAAGAUGCACCGUCCCACCAUCAUAGCAUCCAUUUUGUCUGAUAGAUAUCUGUUAUCUCUGAUUGGGGUUUCAGGUUUUGUUGAUCCAGCUAACAAAGAAAGCCUGGAUAUGUAGAACACCCCUCUGAACCUUCUGUUAUGUGUGUUUGGAAGUUCAGGGGUUUGCACAUGUAUGAAUUAUGUGUGCAGAGACGUACUCCUGAAUCUGGCUGUGUGUGUGUGUGUGUGUGUGUGUGUGAGUGAGUAUUGUUGGUUCGUUUUGUUUGUGUGUGUGUGUGUGUGUGUGUGUGUUCUCCGAGGUCUAAUGACCGAGAUGCCUUAAAUAUUUUUAAUAAAGGGGUGUUUUGUUUUGGUUUUUUGGGGGAUCUAACACAUUUUUUGUGGGAUUACAAGGUUUUUCAUUUGAAAUCUUUCAGAAAAACAAACACCAGCUCAGUGGACGGUUAGCUAACCCUGACCUUUCACCUCUUUGUAGACUGGAAUUAAGCAAAACUGAUGACUUUUGGGACAAUAACAGGAAUCAUGAACAUUUUGGAAUCAUCAGUUAGUUUCACCUUUACUCAGCUUCCAUGUAAAACAUUUAGAAUAUUUUUUUUUUUUUUUUAGUUGUGAAUAUCCAGGAACUUUGGAAACAGUUGUGUGUUUUUGGAUCUUCACUUAGUCUUGAACAGAUUUCAUGCUCUUCCUAAAGGGAUACGACGGAUCAACUGUAGCUAAAACUUUGGUCUCAUGCGGUUUUAGGAAACAAACAUGAGAUCGGGAGGUGAACGUUUCUUUGUUUGCACAUGUAACUUUCAAUCUAAGGCAGGGAUGAUCAGGGUCUUAACUAUAAGUCCGGAUCCACAGUGUGGAUUGGGAAGGAAUUUGCACGUUGCCAACCACUUCAUCUUCAGUUACAUCCAACAUGGAGACACAUUUGAUAAAUACUUCUAAAAAGGGUGAUGUUCUGUAAUCGGGUCCAUACUCUGUCAUUUUCUUUCUUGCUGUACAAACCGAUUGAUCAGACUGCGAAUGUGUAAAUAUUUGUUUUGCCAAAAUGAAUAAUUGUCAUUUCUCGGAAAA